AUGCCUGCUCUUCAACUUCUUUCUACCGAAUUCGAGAACUUCGGAUGGGAAAACGAAACAUUACUGAACAAGAUUCAGACAUUGAUGAAUCAAGGAUUGGUCAUGGCAAGUCGCGGAGCACCGGACAACCGCGUAUUUUCUGUUGAAGAGCUUGCAUGGUUUGCCAAGGCUAGUUAUAGCAUUGCUUUCAAAGUAUUCAGAUCGACCGAUCUGGAGCCUUUCGCCGAUACAUGUCAAAAAACGGAUUCAACAGAGCACAUUGUUCCAUCAGAACACUAUCUCUUAUGCGACUCACUCAAGAUAGCUAGGGUCGUUGUAGAAGCCCGCAAAGAAAUUAGCGUCGAUGAGAAGCAAAAGCACUACAGCGCUAUCCACAGAAUUGGUACACACUUUCGAGAGCUGUUCAAGAGCCAAAGGGUCGAACACAGCACUAAUGCUCGAUUCGAAAAAUGGCUCUUCCAGCACCGUAUUACCCUUGCCCUCGAUCUCGAGGCAUCUAUCUUCUUGAACAACUGGACCGGUGUCUGCACAAUCAUCGAAGAAGCUAGUCCAUUCUUAGACGAGAAACUCAGCUCAGUAUUCCUAGACGGUAUUCUCCGCUCUGAAGGUCACCUAAAAGCCAGAGUACAAGCAGCCAAGACUCUGCUCCGAACCCUGCACACCUCGCCAUCCCCCUUCCUAGACAAGUCAACCUUCAUCAUCCCAGCCCUUCCCCGCUACAAUCGCUGCCUGUUCCAACUCUCCCUCGACGCAGCAGAGUACCAGAUCGCAGAGUCGAUUCUCGAUCAGUCUCUCAUAUUAGUUCAAGAAAAAGAUGCCAAAGCCGGGAACAAUGGCAAUCUGUCACUACCGGGCUAUCCCGAAGAUGAGAUACGAUGGCUAUCAACCGUAGCAUUCAAUCGAGCGGUGGAUUACUACCUCGCUGCUGCGGAUGCGGAUUGCCGACGAUGGGCCGAGAAAGCAAUCAGCCUUGCUGAUAUGGCAAAAGAUGAUGGUGCACUGGGAAGGUUAUUAAGGAGCAAGCUGGAGAUGCUGACUUGA